AUGGCUUCCGUCGGCUCCCCGCCCGCCCCCGAACUCCUAAUGGCAGUUCGUAACGAGCACAACAAGCCCUCCGUCUUCCGGUCCCUCCUCGUCAUCCGUCUCCUCAACGCCUGGUGGGUCCUCACCUUUUUCCAGCCCGACGAGUACUUUCAGGCCCUCGAACCCGCCUGGCGCAUCGCCUUUGGCCAAGGGAGCGGCGCCUGGAUCACCUGGGAAUGGAGAAACCAGCUCCGCUCCUCGCUGCAUCCCGCCCUCUUCGCCGGCGUCUACACCCUCGCAGACCUCGUCGCCCGGCCCCUCCCCAUCAUCAGGCCAUGGCUCCUCCUCGCCGCUCCAAAGGCCGCGCAGGCCGUCUUUGCCGCCGCCGGCGACUGGUACACCUGGCAGCUGGCCGUCAAGAUCUACGGCGCCGAUAGCUCCGUCUCGUGGUUUGCUCUGUUCAUGAGCAUGUUCAGUCCUUUCCAAUGGUACUGCUCCACCCGCACCUUUUCCAACUCGCUCGAGACCACGCUCACCAUCAUGGCCCUCAACUACUGGCCCUGGGAGCUCCUCGGCGAUGCAAAGACGGAAAAGGAGAACCCCAAGCCCGCAAGGUCCAUCUUGCACACGCCGGGGACGCUCACUAGCCUCCGCCUAUCCCUCAUCCUUGCCGCAACAGCAGUCCUCCUCCGCCCAACAAAUAUCCUCAUCUGGAUACCAAUCGCCCUCGCAACCCUCCUCCGGCCCCUCCUCUCCGGCCCCGGCCCCGGCUCCACCACCUCCGUCCUCACCCCGCAAACCAUCCUCCUCCUCCUCCGCGAAGCCCUCCUCUGCGGCACCCUCGUCCUCUCCCUCUCCCUAACCUCAGACCGCCUCUACUUUGGCCAAUGGGCCUUCCCCCCCUACAAGUUCCUCUACUUCAACCUCUCCCAAUCCCUCGCCGUCCUCUACGGCCGCAACGACUGGCACUACUACCUCUCCCAGGGCCUCCCCCUCCUGUCAAUGACCUACCUCCCCUUCGUCCUCCUGUCACUCUGCAACCCGCCCUCACCACCACCACCGCCACCACCGCACUCCACCAAACUCCCCAGCAAAGCAACCCUCAAAACCCUCACCUGGACAGUCUACGCCACCAUCGCAGCCCUCUCCACCGUCUCCCACAAAGAAGUCCGCUUCAUCUACCCCCUCCUCCCAACCCUCCACAUCCUCGCCGCCGCGCCCCUCGCAUCCUUCUUCACCACCCCGGCCCCGCCACCGACCCCGCGCUCCCCGCUCCCGAAGCCCCGCCUCCGCCGCAAGCGCCUCCUCGCCUCCGCCCUGGGCCUCCACGCCGCAAUCGCCCUCUUCCUCACCCUCCUCCACCAGCCCGCGCCCCUCACGGUCCUGACCUUCCUCCGCACCUCGUACGCACGCAUACACCCGGAGCAGGCCGCCGCAUCGGCCCCGAUCGCGUCCCUGGCCUCGGCCUCCUCGACGGCUUCCUCCUCGUCCUCAUCACCGCCGACACCAGGCUCAUCAUCCUCGCCAACGACAAAAGAAUCCCAAGGCAACGAACUCUUCGCCCUCUUCCUGACGCCAUGCCACUCCACCCCCUGGCGCUCCCACCUCCUCCACCCCGCCCUCCGCGCCCGCGCCCUCACCUGCGAACCGCCCCUCCACACCAAACCAGACACCCCCGAACGCGAGGCCUACCGCGACGAGGCGGACCGCUUCUACGACGACCCCCAGCUCUUCAUGGCGACCGAGUUGUGGCCGGCGGCCGAGGCCAGGUCCGGCCCCGACUCCGACUCCGAGCCAGCAGCAGCAGCAGCAGCAUCAGCACCACCAGAAGACAUCCCCCGCUACAUCGUCGGCUUCGAAGGCAUCGAACCCUGGCUCCACGACUUCUUCUCCUCCCCCCACGGCGCAGGCCACAACCUCGGCGUGAGCCCGAAACGCGUCUGGUCAGGCUGGAACGGCUUCUUCAACGAGGACGCCCGCCGGCGCGGGAAGCUCGUCGUUUGGGAUACGGGGCUGUAUGCUACUGUAUCCUAA